CUGUCCUGGGGGGGAGGGUGGUCGCGCGGAGGAGUCCCCUCCCCAGCCGCUCUCCGUCUCCCGCCGUCCCCCCUGCCUUCCUCCGACCCCGGGACGCCGGGGAGCCCGGCGCGCGGCGGGGGCGCGAGGUGGAGCGGGCGGGGGCGGCCAAUGCGAAACUGGCUGGUGCUGCUGUGCCCGUGUCUGCUCGGGGCCGCGCUGCACCUCUGGCUGCGGCUGCGCUCCCCGCCGCCCGCCUGCGCCUCCUCCUCCUCCUCCUCCUCCUCCUCCGGGGCCGGCCCUGCAGAUCAGCUGACUUUAUUUCCUCAAUGGAAAUCAAAACAUUAUGAUGUGGUAGUUGGGGUACUGUCAGCUCGAAAUAAUCAUCAACUACGAACUGUGAUCAGGAAUACUUGGUUGAAGCAUUUGAAACAGCAUCCAGAAUUAAGUCAACGUGUGCUUGUGAAGUUUAUAAUAGGUGCUCGUGGCUGCAGUGUGCCUGUGGAAGACCGAGAAGACCCUUACUCCUGCAAACUGCUGAACAUCACUAAUCCCAUUUUAAAUCAGGAAAUCGAGGCCUUCACUCUGCCUGAAGGAACUGCAUCAGGAUUCUCUGAGGAUCAAGUUGUCAGUGUGAGCUUUCGAGUUCUCUACCCAAUUGUCAUUACUAGUCUUGGAGUCUUCUAUGAUGCUGGCAAUGUGGGUUUCCAGAGGAAUAUUACUGUCAAGGUGUAUCAAGCAGAACAAGAGGAAGCUCUCCUUAGUGCUCGUUUCAGUCCCCCCAGCUGUGGAGUACAAGUCAACAGACUGUGGUACAAACCAGUAGAGCAGUUCAUCUUGCCAGAGAGUUUUGAAGGCACAAUUGUGUGGGAGAGCCAGGAUCUUCAAGGCCUUGUUUCUAGGAAUCUUCACAAAGUAACUGUGAACGAUGGAGGGGGAGUUCUCAGAAUCAUUACAGCUAGUGAAGGAGCAUUGCCUUAUGAAUUCAUGGAAGGUGUAGAGGGAGUAGCAGGAGGCUUUAUUUAUACAAUUCAGGAAGGUGACACACUUUUACAAAACCUUCAAACUCGCCCAAAAAGGUUUAUUGAUCACAUCAAUAACCUCCAUGAGGAGGAUGCCUUAUUGAAGAAAGAGAGCAGCACCUUUGAUGACAUUGUUUUUGUGGACAUUGUUGACACCUACCGAAAUGUUCCUGCAAAAUUACUGAACUUCUAUAGGUGGACCGUUGAUACAACUAGCUUUGAUUUGUUGCUGAAAACAGAUGAUGACUGUUACAUAGAUUUAGAAGCUGUGUUUAAUAGGAUUGCCCAUAAAAACCUGGACAGACCAAAUUCUUGGUGGGGAAACUUCAGAUUGAAUUGGGCCGUUGACCGGACAGGAAAGUGGCAAGAACUAGAGUACCCCAGUCCUGCUUAUCCUGCCUUUGCAUGUGGGUCAGGUUAUGUUAUUUCCAAAGAUAUUGUACACUGGCUAGCAAGCAACUCAGAAAGACUGAAGACAUAUCAGGGUGAAGAUGUGAGCAUGGGCAUUUGGAUGGCAGCUAUAGGACCCAAGAGAUUCCAGGAUAGUCUUUGGUUGUGUGAGAAGACUUGUGAAACUGGGAUGCUCUCUUCCCCUCAGUAUUCUCCACAAGAACUCACAGAACUGUGGAGAUUGAAGGAAGCAUGUGGGGAUCCUUGUGAGUGUGAGGCAAGAUGAUAAUCUUUUAAACCUGGUGGUCUGAAGACCUGGAGUGAAGAAAACGUGAAAGUGUACAAGGAAAAUUCAAGGUUAUGCUGCGGAACAGAUUCUUUCAAGGGGCAUUAUGGCAUUAUGCUGGUGCUUUCACCUAUAAUUGAUGGAAUAUUUCUUGAUAUUUGCAUAGAAGUUCCCCUUUUAAAAUUAGCUUAUGCUGAAAAAGUAACUUUUUUAUAUCUAAGCAGUUUUAAAAAUACCAUAUUAUAAAAGGAAAAGUCCUUAAAAAAAAAAAAAACUUGAUUACUUACAGUUUAAUAGAUAAUCUGUUCAUCACUUAGGGUUGUGACUCAGUUAAUUGCUGAAAUCAAUUGUAACUGCUAAAGCAGCAAUCCAAGUGGGAGUUCUAGGGGAAACAGUCUGUUUCUCAGUAGAGAAAUUAGCUUGCCUGCUCUGGGAAUGAAGUGCUGGUAGUCAUUCCUUGUGGUUACUGAACAGGGAGUACAGAUCUAGCAGGUAGUUUGCCCAGUUUUAGACCCUUAUUUUUAAAGGUACAUCUGUUAUAUUAGUAGUUACCCAAGUUUGUAGCCUAUAUAUUUCAACAGGCAUACAGUACUGGGUGCUAAUUUUCCAUCAGCUUCUGUUGUUAAGGGCUAUGAAGUAUCCCUAUUUAGGAAAAAUCUAUAUCAGUCAAAAAUAAAGUACUCCUCAGGGUUUUAGUGAUAAUUUUCUAAACAUUAAGUUAGUGCCCUAAAAGAUUUAACCUCACUUUUCUAUUUCCUGGGAGUAUUUAUAUCAUCAUGGCUUACCUCAGGCCUAAUAUUCACCUAAAAUUGAGGCAAUAUCUAAAGAUGAAUUUCAGUAAUGAAAUUCCAUGGAAAUGACACUUUCUCAACUUAAUGUCUAGGCUCAAACCCAAAUAAAAAAGCAUGACACUUUUUUUUUUCAAUGCCCUAAAAAUAAUGCAACAGAAGGGAUAUAACAGAAUUGAUUUAAUGAGCAAAAUAGUGGAAUAUGUGCCUCCCUAUUUUAAGUGGCCUUUUCCUUAGUUGUAAAUCAUAAUCACAAGGUAUCAGUACAUAAUCGUAGUGAGGUCUUAGAGGAAAGUGCAGAAUUCUUGUAGGCAGUAAUUUUUUCAAACAUCAUUAGUCAAAAUAGUCUUUAACAUCUAGCUUUUCUAUGUAAAGUUGUACUAUGAAGAAAUAAGUAUAAAGUAUACAAAAAUAAAUAUACAAACAAAAGCCAGUAAAUAGACACCAAGUAUUUAUUAGAGCUAUCAUACAAAUGCUAGAAACAAUCUUUUUCUUCCACUGAAAUGUGGUUUGAAAAUACUUUACAUCCAUGAGUUUUUGGUUUCUCACAAUGAAGAGUCACAAGUGAAUUUUUACCACCGUACUAAUAUACAGUCUCCAUUUUCAACAGAGUAAAACUGUAAUGGCUGUUGGUCAUUCUCUAGUUCAAAUUCUCUGCCUUCCAUCUAAAAUUGGAAAAAAAAAAAUUUAAAAAUGUAUGUGAUAAAUCUGCUACUCUUUUCAUAGCACUACAAGUCAGUUGCCUUCAGAAUCCUAAAUAAUGUCCUUUGGUCAAAUAUAUUGUUAUCUAUAAUGAAGGACAAAAUUUGAUUAUGGGUCUUAUUGAAUCUACUUACUUUAGGGCUUUCAUAAGACAGUCUGAGUUCUGAUCCUGGAACUUUGAGUAGACGAGAGAGCAAGCCUUUCACCUUUUGAAUUGUCAUGGACUCUAUCAAAUAGAAGAAAAGAAAUUAUUUCCUUUAAAACUGACAGCUAAAUAUAAAACCAGUUGUUCUUAUUUAUUAUAAGACAAAAACCAGGAGACUGUUCCUAAAGUAACAGUAAUGUAAGCACGUGUUUUUGUUUAACUUUUGAGCACCAAGUUGGCUUAAUGUCUGUAUGUUCUUUAGUUGUAUUAGAUUACCGAAAUAAUUGAUUAAUGGUGAAAAGGUCAUCUGUCAUGUGAACCAUCAUGUUAUUGCUCCAUAAUCUUUAGUACAAUUAGUGGGGUACACAGGACGCAUUGAGCCAAUGUUUUGACCUAAGUGACCUUUGAUAAUGAGUUUUCAAUCCUAUUCCAUUGAUUAACUAUUUUAAACUGUUCCCAACUGGUAUAAUUCUCAGCACAGAGGAAGGAAUGUCUAAAAUCAUUAGCAUCUUUUGUUUUUCAUGUCCAGCUAACAGAAGGAAAAGAACAUUUGCUAGAAAAUCAGGAGACCCAGCUCUUCUGGGCAAAUUAUUUCUUCUCUGGGCCUCAGUUUCCUCAUCUGUAAAAUGAGGGGGUUGGACUAGAAGAUCACUAAGAUCCUGUUCAGCUCCGAUUCUACUAUUCACUAACGUGCUAUAUCAAUGACACCAAGGGAUUAUACAGCCCUGGAAUUUAACUUGAAUGAGUAAAUGAUUUGGCUUGUUAAAAAAAAAACACAAUGAACUUCCAAAGACGGAUUAUGGUAAAUAAUGGAUAUCUUGAUUAUGAAAUGUUUAGUUUCUUUGAAGCUUUAGCUGGAGGCACAGCAAUAGAGUGUGUGGUUUUCCUGCAAUAUCACAAUGUACUUAAACUCAAAUAUUUUUCUAUCAAAAUCAUUUUUGUAAAAGCUGUCUGUGUUUUUAUGCAACUUGUGAUAAUAAAUGUGAUCUUUAUUUUA